AUGGAUGCUUGCGCGGACAGCGGUCCGGCGAAGCGCGCGGAGAUCUACACGUACGAGGCGCCAUGGCCCGUCUACAGCAUGAACUGGAGCGUGCGACGCGACAAGAAGUUCCGUCUCGCCGUCGGAAGCUUCAUCGAAGAUUACCGGAAUAAGGUGGAGAUAGUCCAGCUAGACGACAACACAGGCGAGCUGAGGAGCGACCCGCGCCUGACGUUCGACCACCCGUACCCUCCCACGAAGCUCAUGUUCGUCCCGGACCGCGACGGGCAGCGCCCGGACCUGCUCGCCACGUCCGGGGACUUCCUGCGGAUCUGGCAGAUCACGGAGGACGGGGUGCGCAUGCGCAGUGUACUCAACAACAAUAAGAACAGCGAGUUCUGUGCGCCGCUCACUUCCUUCGACUGGAACGAGUCCGAACCAAGGAGGCUCGGGACGUCCAGCAUCGACACCACGUGCACCAUAUGGGACAUGGAGAAGGAGGUGGUGGACACACAGCUGAUCGCUCACGACAAGGAGGUCUACGAUAUCGCCUGGGGGGGAGUUGGUCUCUUCGCCUCCGUCUCAGCUGACGGGUCAGUGAGGGUGUUUGACCUGCGGGACAAGGAGCACAGCACCAUCAUCUACGAAAGCCCACAGCCGGAGACUCCUCUGCUGCGCCUGGGGUGGAACAAGCAGGACCCGCGCUACAUGACAACCAUUCUCAUGGACUCACCCAAAGUCGUCAUCCUCGAUAUAAAUUCCCCACCUUGCCAGUGGCGGAGCUACAGCGCCACCAGGCUUGUGUGA